GCCCUGAGCGCGGCCCUCAGCGCGCACGCGCCGUGCCCGCCCUCCCCAACGCCCGCCCGAGCGCGGCAGAUUCAAACCGGGGCUCCGCUCGGGCCGCGGCAGCCGCGCCCGAGAGGCCUCCAACCCCGGCCAAGCGGCCUCCAACCCCGGCCAAGCGGCCUCCAACACCUGCCGAGCGCCCUCCAACCCCGGCCGAGCGGCCUCCUCCUGAGGGAGUGGGACAGGGACGGAGGCCGUGCAUCACCGGCGCUGGGCCUGGUGAAACCUGAGGAGAAACGGGCGCUGCCGGGGGCGCAGGGGUGAGCUCGAUCCCUUCAGGGUAUCCCGAUCCGCCUCGGAGUUCCACGCAGCGUGAUGAUGAAGGAUAUGGCAUCCUCAAGACUGGAAGAUUUAUGCCUCCACAUCAAUAUGAAGAUUUCAGAAAUUAAAAAGUGUCUCCUAUUGAGAGAUAUAGGUGAGGAUGAUUUCUACAAGCCUAUCCUCCGUAAAAUACAGAAUGAGGUGGUCCUUGUACAUGAUCUCCUGAAUAAAAUGGAAAAUGAAGUUAAACAGCAAGAAAAACUGAAAGAUUCACUCAAAGAGAUGCAGAAGGCUGCUGAGAGAGAUCAGAAGGAAGCACAGCACCUCCUUGAAAACAUUCCACGCUAUCUGCCUAAACCCCAGAGCUGCAACACCGUGCCAGCUGUGAAACACAAUGGAGAAACAGAGGCUGUAGAACCCAUCAUGGAGAAGAAAGAGAAGAAACCUGCAAAAGAGAAAAAACCCAUUAAAGAAGCACCAUUAAUAACCAUGGAGGAGUUUGAAAGUGUUCCUGGGUAUUUGAAAGGCCGAAUAACAUAUGAUCAGAUUAAUGCAGUUGUUCAAGAGAUUAACAAGGCCGUGGUGGGCAAGUACAAGAUCUUGUAUCAGCCUUUGAAGUCUAUGAGUGCACCAGUCAGAAACCUCUACCACAGGUUCAUAGAAGAAGAAACUAGGGAUACAAAAGGAUCGUUUUUCAUUGUGGAGGAUGAUAUCAAGAUGUUCACUCACCUGAAAUUGGACAAGAAGUUCCACAGCAUCCUCAGCAUCCUGAGGCACUGCCAGAGAGUGAGAGAGAUUCGUGGCUCGGGGCUCAUCCGCUACGUCAUCUGCUAACAGCUCCCCGAGCCCGACUGCCACCGCCCCACUGCUCUCCCCCACUGCUGGCUUUUUGCUCCACUUUCACCUGACCUGAUACCCAGUGAGCGCCGGAACCCUGUGGUCCUGGCAAGCUCUGGGGUCGUUGCUGUGCUCUGCUCACCACCCCGGGGGUGCUCUCUCUGCUGCUGCUGCCGCCGCACAGCGCCCCCUGCCGCCGCGGAGGAAUCACUGCGCCCUGCUCGGCCGGCAGCCAGCGGCGCCCCUGCUGGCAGUGAGCGGAACUGCAGCGGCGGGAAAAGGCUGGGACAGGGUUUGUGGGGUAUCAAAGCAAUUUCCAGAUUUGCUUUUCUUAAUCUUUCUUCUUAUACUAACUGUACAUUUCGGAGUUUUCUACAUCACCUGAACAGGAAGAUCUGAGGAGAUCCAAAUACUUCUAGACUGAUUGGUGAUUCUGUUAGUCCUGUGCUUUUCCACCUUCUUCAUGCAGACAGAUUUUUCCCUCAGAUAGUCAGACUGGCCUGAAACAGUUGGGGUUUGAAAUGAAAAUAUUCACAUUAAUCAUGAAAAUUCAGGUCAAACUUGUCCUGUUUUUAUUAUAGAAGUCUUUAUUACAGCUUUUGUUGCUUUCAAAUUACUUAUUAGCGUAGUAUGGUUCAGAGUAGAUCUAUUGUGAUAAAUAUAAACUCUGCAAGUAACAAAAACUGUUUUGAUAAGAAAAGCUGUGUUCUUUUUCUUUCAUGAGCCUAUGUCUGCUGUUAUCCUAACAUCUCAUCUAGAAUGCCUCCUUUUGCCCCCUGUCAGCAUUAACAUGAAAUUUAAUGUGCAAAAUACUCUAAAUGAUCUUUGAACUUUGUCAAUAAAGAGAUUCUGCUGAGUUUCUA